UUGAUCGGUUUGUACUAUUACGACAUUGCAGACGAAAACAAACAUGUCGGCACGUGGAGGACAGUGGAUCGCGGCAGGCGCUCUAGUUGUUGUGGGGGUCGGGAUCAUUUUAUAUUUAACCAAGAAAAGGAAAAAGACCGACACAGCACCUAAACUUGAUGGAAAAAAGAAUGAGGAAAUCAAAACUACAGCUGAUUUUAAUAGAAAGUCUGUGCCAAAAGAUCGAGAAAAAAAUGAAUCAUCACAACCAGUUGACGAAAAGACUAAUAACAGUGAUACUAAAAUGUCUGUGUCUUCACACAAUAACGAGGAUAUCAAGUUAAAAACAAAUGAUAAAAAGAGACCUGAUGAUGAAAGGAAAACAAAAAUUUCAAUCCCUAAAUCAAUAGGGCAGUUUGAAAGCCCAAAGCCAGUUAUUGAAAAACCAUUGACUGUAGAGAAUACAAGUGACCUUGCCUCAAAACCACAUCAGUCAACAGGAUCAAAUCUUCAAAAUGGAUCCAAGAUGGAGAAAAAUAAAGAUGCUACUUCACCCGACAGACAAUGUGAAAGACUAGAAAAGACAGUUCCACCAGAAUCUGAGAAAACUAUAUCCCUGAAUGUUUCUAUAACGAAAGGAGAUGCCCCAAAAAAUCCUGUCAGAAAGAGCUCAGACAAGCCAGAAGAUGGACAAUCUCAGUCUCAAACAGUGACCACAGGACCUGUCCUGUCCCCAAGAGGGAGUCCCCUCAGUUCACCCCCAGGUGGUGCUUCAAAUUCUCAGUCUCUACCCACAGGACCUGUUAUGUCUCCAAAAGGUGGUGCCGUGCAGUCACCACCAACAACUCAAAAAUCUCAGACACCUCCCUCUCAAUCCCCAAAGCCUGCUCAAGAUUCUGUCCCAAGCUCAAAAGUCAUAUACACCAAAGAUGAAAUUACAGAGGCACUGCUGCUGUCCCAGAAUACCCCUGGUAUGAUGUCCGCCAAAAAUGCUGAUGUGUUAGUCUCAGUACUUGCCCACCCUGACCCUACCCUGCGACUCUCAGCUUUGCUUGGCAUCAACAAAUGUUCAACUUUCACAAGGAACCAGAAUCUGCUAAGAGAGCAUGGUUGUUUGACCCAACUCAGCCAGUUGCUACGACAACAAGUUCAGAAUCUCUCCAACAUGUCCCACAAUGCAUCAGCGGUUGAGGACGACCCAGAGAAAUCCAAGAUGUCGGAGAAGUUUAUGAACUUACUGGCCACAGCCAUCAACAAUCUCUCCUCUAACGAACAAAAUCACAAACAGUUUGAGGACUGUGUGCCGAUGCUGGUUGACAUUGCGCUGGAGGAGGAGACAGGAGAAUCGGUGCGCCUGUCCUCACUACAGGCCCUGACCAACCUUUCUGUGAUGGAGCACCACCACAACCACUACACCCGCAUCAUCCAGAAACUGUACCACUUCCUGGACGGCCAGAGCCCCGGGAUACGCCUACAAGCCGCUAAGAUCCUGGUCAACCUUUCCUGUAACCCCGAGCUCGUACCACACAUGUUAGCCGCCAAGGCGCCAGCAUGUGUACUGGAGUUACUAAGGACCGGAGCAGACGAGGCGCUCGUUCUCCGCUGGACUACGUUCCUGGCCAACAUCCUGACCACGGUGAAGGAGUCCCACCUGUCUGCUUCGUCCCUCCCCCCGGACGACAAAGCCCCCAGCCCAGAGACCAUGUACUCCGCCCUGUACGGAAUGAACAGCAUAGGUCAGAUCAAGUCCAAGGUGUUCCUUUUGUGUCGCCACAAAAACGAAAACAUCAAACACCAGGCGUCCAGGAUUUACCAGAUGUUGAAUUCUAAGUGAAGUGUGUCGGUGUAGAGGGAAUGAUCAAUGUGUGAUCAUUGCAUGGUCCUAGAAAAUCGGAGCCUGAUAACUGUGUAGAGAUAUCGGUGAGCUCAGUGAUUUGUUAAAGCUGGAGACUUCCUUAAAAUGGUUUUAUGAUUCUUUCAUGUUGACAUCACUCCCAGAACUUAAUUAAAGUGUUAGAAAAGAUUUAUUUUUUUGUGAAGAUAAUUUUAUCAAUGGACUGUUGUGUCUUUCACUAGGUAUUUUGUGUGUGAGAGUUUUACCAUGGUUGUAAAUUCUUAAUAAAAUGUUACCUUUGCCAUA